AUGGAUAUCGAUAACUUCGAUCCUAAGUUUGAGGAUUUAUCAUUAAUCGCGUUGGAUUCCAUCAGAAAUACCCUUCGAUAUCAAAAUGAUGCUGUGAAUCAUUUAUAUUUGCAAUAUCAAACUGAUAAAUUUAGUCAAACUAAUCUUUUAGAAUCUUUACAAAUCCUUUUUAAAACAAAUUAUAUUAAUAAGGGGAAAAUCGUUAUAUCAGGAAUUGGUAAAUCAUUUAAAAUCGCUAAUAAAUUAGUGGCAACUUUAAAUUCUUUAUCAAUUCAUGCUUCAACUUUACAUCCAUCAGAAGCGUUACAUGGUGAUUUAGGAUUAAUCGAUGAAUCAAAAGAUUGUCUUAUCUUAUUAACAGCAAGUGGUAAUACAACUGAAUUAUUACAAUUAUUACCUCAUUUAUCUUCAUCUUUACCCAUCGUUUUAUUAACUUGUAAUCGAAAUUCAAAAUUAUCAUCUCAUCCUCAAAUUAAUAGUUUAUUAUAUACUGAAUUACCCAAUUAUCUAAAUGAAGAAUCAAUCCAUGGUUUACCUGCUCCAACUGUUUCAACUACUUUAUCUUUAAUUCUUGCCGAUGCUACCAUAUUAGCCUUGCUGGAAAUGAUUGAACGAGAUUUAUUAAAACGUAAGAAGCAAUUCUCCAUGAAACAUCCGGGUGGAUCAAUUGGGAAUGCUUUAAGUCAUUUAAAUGAUAAUGUUAAUCAGAAUGGAAAUGGUAGUGGUGCUUCUUCAUCAGUUAAUCUUUCUAAUAUCAUGAAGAAAUCAUUCAGUUCUCAAUACAGUACUUCAAGUUUAUUAAGUCUUGGUAGAAAUAAUAGUAUAACUAAUGGUGGUAUUGGUCCUGGAGCUAUAUCAAUUAGAAAAUCAAUCUCAACCGAUGUGAAAUCGAAUUUCUCAUCCUUAACUUCAUCAGAUGAUGAAUAUGAUGUGUUUGAAUUAAAACAAGAUGAUGAUUCCAAAUGUACUAAAUCGAAAUCAACCACUAAUAAUAACACAAAUAAUUCCAAUAUCGAUAUCAGUUUAACUAAUAAGAUCAAAUCGGCAUCAGUGACUCAAAUCAAAUUAAUCAAAAAUGAAGAAAUCUGGUCCUUGGAAAUCAAAGAUGAAAUUAAAUUAUUACAAUGGAUAACGAUUUUUGAAUACUUGAUCAUUGAUAAGAAAAACUUGGCUAUACCAUGUCUGACGUUGAAGUCUUUAUAUACUGAUUAUUAUCAUCAAGUGAAUCUAUCAAAUGACAGUUCUAAAUUGGAUUUAUGGUCGAGAUUUCACCUUAAUUUAAUAAGUUCGUUCAAAGAGAUUGAUUUCUAA